CAUGCGUGUCUGUCAAAACAACGGCCGGGAGGAGCGUGCGGUGCGGUGGUGUAUGUGGCGUGUUUCCUACGAAGGGAAUUUGCUCACUGUAAAUGCACUAACACCGCCAUGAGAUUGCUGUUCCUAGCCUGCCUUAGUCCAAAGACUGGGAACUGUACAACUGCCGAAAGAAUAAGAUGUCACAUCGAAGCAGCGGGUCACACAUGCAUUCUCCGCAACUGCGAUGACAUCAAGGACCACUCAGAUGUGACCAACCUUAUGAAGCAAGAGCCCUUCGAAGCGGCCCUUGCAAUUCAUCUGUUCAAAGGAGGCAGAUUUCUUCUUGACAUUCAUGUUCCCUUCGGCAUUGUCUUUGGCGGGACAGACGUCAAUGAGGACGUGAAAGAUGAGCUCAAGCGGACUGUGAUGGAGCAUGUGCUGAAUAAGGCCAGGUUCUCCGUGGCCUUCACGCCGCAGAUGAAGGAGAAAGCCGAGAGCUUCUUGCUCCCUGAGAGCGGUGAGAUCCGUGUCCAGCCACAAGGGAUUGAGACCCGGUGUGCCUCAGACUUCAGCUGGAGCGAGUUUUUACGCAGCUCAGGUGUGGAGGCUGAAUGUGUGGAGGACAUGUGUGUUUUUCUGUUGGUGUGUGGGCUGCGGAGAGUCAAGGAUCCACUGUACCUACUACAAGCUUUCUCAGAAUGGCAUGCCAGCCAUCCCCAGGUGGUCUUCAUCAUCAUUGGACCAAAGAUGGAUCCUGUGUUCUCUCAGGAGGUGGAGGAGAGCGUGAGCAGGUGGGCAGGAGUGUACCACGCCGCCGAGCGAGAGCAGGAUGAGCUGCACGCCGCCAUGACCCACUCCUUCGCCCUGGUCAACAGCUCCAUCUCUGAGGGCAUGUCCGCCGCCAUCCUAGAGGCCAUGGAUCUGGGAUUGCCCGUGUUGGCCAGAGACAUUCCCGGGAACGCCGCUAUUGUUCAGCAUGAGGUCACUGGGCUGCUCUACUCCUCCCCUCAAGACUUCAUCCUGAUGGCCGAGCAGUUGCUGGACGACAAGCCCCUUCGAGAACGGCUGACCGAAAAUGGCAAGCGCUACGUGGGUGAACACCACAGCUUUGUCCAGGAGAGGAGAACGUACCAGGAGCUGGUGGAGACGCUGCACUCAUGAGGAAGAGGCCCUCUUCCAGAGCUACUGUGGUUUACGUGGACACUGAAGUGUCUUCCUCAAUGACCAGUUUACUACUUUAAAGAAAAAAGAAAAUGAUGAGAUCAUUUGCACUAGAUCAAAAUUGGCCUCCUGGCUUUACAAAAACAAAAACACAAAAAAAAAGAAGGAUUUGAAGAUUGGGGCUUUUGACUGUUAGACAAAAAAAAUAUGAUCUUGCCUGAUCAAAUACAUAUUUUUUCAAUUCAAAAUAUUCAAAAUAGGGCUGCUUUUAUGUCUAAUCAAAUGCUGUCGUCAGGUUCCAGGACCAAGGUUCCAACUUUAAAUGGAUCCAGACACUCUCUCGUCUCACUUAAACUUUUCUCAGGGCCAGAUUGCAGGCCAGUGAACUUCACAUCUUUCCAUCAUCUCUUCCUCUCCGUCUCUUGCUCCUGUCUGGUGCUCUAAGAAUCUCAGGAAUACUGAAGCAGACAGAUAGCAGGCUUUCAAGGACAGUGUUUUCAUGUUUCACUCUCUAUUUCCGCUUUCUUUUCUACUCAAAAGCUAAAGUGAUUUCAAUCUGUGUCCAGUUUACAAGUAAGUUUCAUGUGAAGCAAAUCAAUUUACAUUUACAAUCAAACAAUAACCAAAAGGCACACAGUGACCCCAACCAGGGCCCUUUUCUAUGCAAAUUUGUGUGUUUUGUGUGUUUGGAUGAGAAUCUUUAAUUGUGGACGUGGAUUUAAUUGUGAGUUGAGGCAAUGACCCAUGCAUUGACUAAGAGUUGGCAGCCAUUUUCUGUCAGUCAAAGUAUGAAGGUGGACAAAGGUUUAGGUCCACAGGCAUUGCCAGUGGAUGUGACUUGAUCACUGCAGGAAUCUGCCAUUUUGGGGGUAAUUUAAAUGCAAUGGUUAACUAGCUUUAUGUCAUUACAUCAGCUAGCUGUCAUACAACAUUAGUGUCUUAAUUUUCUGGGUAGCAGACUAUCAGGGUUCCAGUCUGCUGGACUUCGUUAAGUAUUCUUUGUAAUGUUUACCCUGUGGAUAUGAGAUUUGGGCAUUGCACCUUUCACUUGCUUAGCUGUGAGAGGAAAGUGAGGCUAAAUACAUUUUUCAUUAAUCAUGAAAUAUCUCUGCUUUGGAAUUAAUAUCAACAAAGCCCUGUAUUAUGUGAGUUAUUUUGGCAUUGGUGAUUUGCUGUUUUAUUUAAAAGUUAUUCACUGUACUGAAACAUUUAAUUGGUUACAAAUCAUAGUUGCUUGUUUACUCAAUGUUUUCUUGUUUACUCAAAGCAUAAUUUUAUUAUGUUUUAAAUAUUUUAGGGGCAUUUUGUGUUAUUUAAUGGUUUCGAAUUCUUCUGUCAUAUACUGUAUGUUCAGAUUUAUGCGGUUAUUAUGUUCUUCACGCUCAUGCACUUCAUUAGGACAUUCAAUAUGAACAAAUAAACACCUCUCAGAA